AUUUACUUCAAAAUUACCACAAAAUUGUAAUACUUCUUACUCACUCAGCGACUCAAUUCCCUUUACUAGCUGCUUUUAUUGCUGGUUGAGUUGAUGACAGUUUCUCACAAAGCGGCCAGCUGUAUUCCCCUCUCACAGUGAGCCUCCAUUCAAUUUAUUCUGUGCCCACUGUAAUCCCUAUAGGAAUUUCUUUUCUUGCUGUUUACAAGUGAGCUAGGCAGGUGAGAAGCAACCGUGCUGCACAAAUUUUUCCUGAGCGUGGAGCAGCGGAGUUGUUUGCUGACCACUGUUCAGGACAGUCGUUAGAAUGAUGAAGGAGCCACUUAAGAUGGAUUUGGAAGAAAAAAUUUGUGCUAAUGCUGGGUCGAGAGAGAGCAAAUUCCACAUCAAGACGGGAAAAAAUGCAGAAGUGAAUGCUGGUCCUGAAAUAAAUACCUCAAUCAAAAGAGAAAGAACAAAGUUGUUCAAACUUCGCCAAAUAAAAGUAGAAAGUGAUGACGUCGCUGAUUCCAAUGCACAGUCGUUGCCGGUGAUUUCUCAGAAUAUUAAAUCGGAGCCGAUUGAAGACGAAGACGAUAGCAAACCAAAUCAAACAAACAUUCAGCAUUUUGGUAAAUGGAAGCCUGAAAAAAGCGCGAUUCUUAAGAAAAUCAAGAAAGACUUGGACAACGUCAAGCCAUUGGCUGCACCGCUCAAGCGUCUCACCAUCAGAAUGGCACAACUGGAGCACGGUAAAAAAUUCACCUGCGACAUUUGCAAAAAAGGGGUGGGGACAAAGGGUGGCUUGAAGUACCACAUUCAGGCGCACCUCUUCGGCCGACCCUUUAAAUGCAAAAUUUGCAUGAGGUCGUACGCGACCAAAAACGAUUUUGACACGCACAACAAAAGACACUCGGGGAAAAAUGUGAUUUGCAAUUUUUGCCAAAAGCAAUUUCCUGUAAAAUCUUACUUGGGAGAUCACAUUUUUAUGAAGCAUUUGCCUAGAGAAUUUGUCUGUCACAUCUGCAGCAAGCCCCGCUACUAUUUCCGAAAAGCUGAAUUGGAAAAACAUUUGGCCGUUGCUCAUUUUCCUAAAAUAAAACUGUCUUGCAAACUUUGCAAUAGAAAUUAUAAAUCAAAAGACACAUAUGAUCGGCACUGCGAGGAGAGAAAACUAAUGAAACACAAGUGUGCCAAAUGUGAGGCAAAAUUUCCCUGUCGUUAUCUUCUUUUCGCUCACCGGAAAGAAGAGGCGAAAAAACCAGCUCGGCGCGUUGAGUGUCCUUUGUGCGAUGAAAACGUCUUCGACUUGGAUUAUCACCAUAGAAAAGUUCAUCGUAAAGAAAGUUGCGACAUUUGUCCAUUCCGUGGAAACGUAAUGAGUUUACUGGCCCAUAAGAAGGACUGCGGUUCGCAAAAGCAAAUUCGCGCACUUGGAUUUGGAUGCGAACGGUGCGAUUUGUUUUUCAGAACUGACUUUUACCUUCAGGAGCACAUAAGAAAAACCCACGGCCAUAUCAAAUGUCACAGAUGUCCCAAAACAUUUAUGACUUCUUCAUCUUUGAAUAAUCAUACUAGGGACACGCACAAUAAAAGGCCUUACGGCUGCGUUCUCUGCCCUGCUUACAAACACUUCAAAACCAGAGAUAGUUUUGACGUCCACUUCCGCGCCAGGCAUGAAUUUCCCAAAAAAAUAAGAAAUGCAUAUGGUGCCGAGCACAAAAAUCGCUUUGGAUGUGACAAAUGCAAGCAAGCGAACAAAUUUGGAAGCAAAUUGGAAUUUAUUAAGCACAUCAAUAGCUGUUAUAAUGCGUUGAAAAAAAUUUCAAUUGCUAAAUAAUAUGUAUUUCACGUUCUCUGGCAUUCAAAGAAAAAUUUUGUUUUGCAGUAUUUGGUUACAAUUAGUGCCGCAGAAACACAUUAAAUUGUAAAAAUUUCAAUUUGUUAAUAAUAAAUAAAAUAUUACUAGAACAAAAACAGAUUUGAACAUUAUCUUGCCAUUUAUUUUUACAAAAUAUUAAUUCAUUGGAUUUGUACCACAUUCAACUGGAAUUGAAAAAUAUUCACGUUAUUAAGUUUAUAAAAGAAAAUUUUUGAAGAUGCUGAGUAAAAUUUUUAUUAUAUAUUAUAUUUUGCAUAAGGCAUAAUUAUUGUAAUGUGUUUUUAAAAAAAAAUUAUUUUGAUUAAAUUAAACUGCUGAUGUCUAUCACUUUAAUUCCUAUGGUUGUAUUUUUGGUGAGUUCGUUAUGGGGAAAAGUUGCUUUGCAUCAAAACCUAUGAAAUCAUUAAUUAUUGCAUUUUAUUUGUUUUGUUGAGUUAAAGAAAAAAAAUAAUAGAACUUAUUCUUUCUUGAAUUAUUGAUUUUAAAAAUUUCAGUCUUUUUUGCAACGAUCAGAAAAAAUUAUUGGAGGUAUUAAAAAGCACAAUCUGUUAAUUUGCUGGCAACUGGAAUAAGCAACUGAUAAUAUUCAUCGAGAUGAAAGUAAAAUAUUGUGUUGGCGAAAAAUUUCUUUAUUUGUUUAGCAGCAUAAAAAAGAAAAAAAGUUAAAUUAGCAAAUGUUAAUUUAUUUAGCUUUUAUAAUAAAUAUGAAAUAAAUUUUAUAUGAUUUAAAAAAAAUUUGUUCUGGAUGUUUUCUAUUUUGAUUUACUUGUCAAGUGAUUCACUUGUGAAGUAUGAAAUAAUAUUAGUUAAUAAUA